UGUCUGUCAGUUGCGCAGCUGUGUCGGGCACAGCCAGUGGUCCUUGCUCUUCGUUGUUGGGAUUGAGUCCGUUUUGGAGAGUCCCCGCGGCAGCCGUCACCAUGUCGGUCCCAAGCGCACUCAUGAAGCAGCCGCCCAUCCAGUCUACGGCUGGGGCCGUCCCAGUUCGAAACGAGAAAGGUGAGAUCUCAAUGGAAAAGGUGAAGGUGAAACGAUAUGUGUCCGGAAAGAGACCAGAUUAUGCCCCUAUGGAGUCCUCAGAUGAAGAGGAUGAAGAAUUUCAGUUCAUCAAGAAAGCCAAGGAACAAGAAGCCGAGCCUGAGGAACAGGAGGAGGACUCAUCCAGUGACCCCCGACUCCGGCGGUUGCAGAACCGCAUCAGUGAAGAUGUGGAAGAGAGAUUGGCUCGACACAGAAAGAUCGUGGAACCUGAAGUAGUGGGAGAGAGCGACUCAGAAGUAGAAGGGGAUGCUUGGCGCCUGGAACGGGAAGAUAGCAGUGAGGAAGAGGAGGAAGAGAUUGACGAUGAAGAAAUCGAGCGGCGCCGUGGCAUGAUGCGUCAGCGAGCACAGGAGAGGAAAAAUGAAGAGAUGGAAGUCAUGGAGGUGGAAGAUGAAGGGCGCUCUGGGGAGGAGUCUGAGUCAGAGUCUGAGUAUGAGGAGUACACAGACAGUGAGGAUGAAAUGGAGCCUCGACUUAAGCCUGUCUUCAUUCGAAAGAAGGAUCGGGUGACAGUUCAGGAACGAGAAGCUGAAGCAUUGAAACAGAAGGAACUGGAACAAGAAGCAAAACGCAUGGCUGAGGAGCGGCGCAAGUACACCCUCAAGAUUGUAGAAGAAGAGACCAAGAAAGAGCUAGAGGAGAACAAGCGGUCCCUUGCCGCCCUGGAUGCGCUCAAUACUGAUGAUGAAAAUGACGAGGAGGAGUACGAGGCGUGGAAAGUCCGUGAGCUCAAAAGAAUCAAGCGGGAGAGAGAAGACCGAGAAGCGUGAGUGACUUGUGGGCGUAGGCUCGGUGCCUCGAAUGGCACUGGUCCAUCUGUGAACAGCUAAGACCCCUUUAGAAACAUUACUGUUUUCUCAUGCUGUGACUCAGAAUGGAGUCGCUUGAAACAACAGUUCUGUGUCUUUCUCUGGUGUGUCGGACAGUUGAUGGUGGCUUUCACACUAGACCCCUAAUUUCUCUUUAGCUUCAGGUUUCUUCAUACUGCACCUCUACUCAGAGUUAGAAACCAGUAAGGACUCCUGAGUCCUGGGUUGCAGAACUCAAAUGUCACUUUUGUGACAUGUUUAUUAGUCAGAUGGAGCCCCGGGGCAGCCCAGGAGUAAGGUGUGGAGAAGCAGAUUCUACAUGUAGGAGAGCAGAGCUGGGACCAAAAGCAAGUUCAUGUCUGAGCUGCUAGCCACAAAGUGAAGCCAUCACUCCAUAACUGUCUUUAUGUUACAGUUUCUGGUGUUCUUAUUCUGGGUUUUUGUUUUCUGUUUUUCCUUCCUUUGAGGCAGGGUUCUUGGCUGUCUUAUUGUGUAGUCCAUGCUGACCUCAAACUCACAGAGAUCCACCUCCCUCUNCCCCUUUGUCCCUCUGCCUCUGCCUUCUGAGUGCUGGACUCAAAGGAUUUUGCCUCCAUUCCAGACUUCCAGAGAUUUUCUAAUUGUGUGUAUAUGUGUGCAGAUGUGAAUGGGUGCCUGUGGGAUCCAGACCUGGGCAUCAUAUCCAUAAUAGCUGGACUUAUUCUUUGCCGUUAUUUUUGUUGUUGUGUAUUGAGCCCAUGCUCAACUCUAACUUGUAGCCAGGGGUGACCUUGAGCCUCUGCUCCUCUGACUGCCUGCUAAGUGCUACCUAUAAUUAUGUCUGGCCCCACAAGGCCAUAAGGAAUCGGUGAGGGGAGAAGGGGAGUCUCUCAGCUCUGACUGACGAGCAGUCAGGUGCUUCUNUCUUUCUGCAGGUUUCACCAAAUGCAGACUAAUAUUAUACAGCUUGUUUGACGUUUCUUCACAUGUCCAUGCUUACAAGUUCAGUCAGAACUAGAAAGCACAAGCAGACCAGAUUUUAUUUUCAUUAUCAGCUCUAUAACUCCAACUUAAACAAUCUAAAGAAUGUCUCCUCCAAAGCAAACACGCUAAUUAUAUGACAGCCUGCUUGUGGGCUGACAGUGUUUGCAGUUUUAAAGCACUCCAGACAAACAGAAGAUAUCUGAACCAGUCUUUUUAUGAAUUAGCAAAUGCUAAUACCUAACUUAUUAUAUCAUUGCAUCAUCUAUGCUAAAAAGUAAGAAAAAUUAUCUUAUUUACUGAGUUGUAUUCCUCCAGUGGUAUACCCUGUGUCACCCCCUAUCUUUAAACUACACUUUCAGAGAGCUCUAAAUGUAAUGUAAAAGGGGGCCUUGAACCUGUAUCCUAGUCUCCUGGCCAGUCUGAGUUUUUCAGUUGGCUCUGUUUGUCCUGUAGCAGUUACACUGUUUGAGUUGAUUAGUGAUAGAUACCUCAAGAAGAUUCAUGAAGUAAUGACCUUAUUUAGGAAUUCUUACUGCUGCUUGUCUGUGUUUAAUGAUCUCUAGGACAAGUUUGUAAGACUUUUUCUAGAAAGACUUAACCAUAUUUUCUCAGGAAAUGACAUAAAAUGAAUCACAAUAAAGAAAGCCCCCAAGAAUCCAAAGUGCAGAGAUCAUACUCUAAAGUGAGAGACAGAAUGACAGCCAACGCAGCAUUUGGCUCGGCUUUGCUGGCACUUUGUCAGCGGUGCUGGAUACAUGACUGUGCCACCCAAGUUUAUGUGAUGCAAUUUAUGUGAUGCAAGGGAGAGGGACCAAGGCUUCAAGCACCCUGUGGAAGUGCUGCAGAACUGAGCC